GUCGCACGAUCACAUGAGCGGGAUAGCGAUCUCGCAACUUUUGAACUUGAUCGUAUCUCUGUUCUGCACAACCAGUGGAAUCACACUUUCCCUGAGAUUAGUGGAUCUGACAGUCUGAAGUAUAUCACUAUGGCGGAUAUAGAUUCCUCGUCCAUCCUCCUCUGCCGGAGAUGCGAAAACACAAUAUCUACUAAACACCCAUUAAGUUCCACCUCCGUAAUGGAGCAGCUUCGAGAAGGGUGUCAAGACUCGGAACUAUUACGUGCUGAGUCCACCAAACGGGUGUUACAGGAUCUAAAAGCCAAACUAUUGGAAUACGACUCAGAAAUAUCAAUGCUGGAAACUACGUUAUCACUCCUCAGAAAUGCACGUAACGAGCUGAAGCACUCGCUGUCGGUUCAUCAGUCGCUAUUCAGCCCCAUACGCCGUCUUCCCAUCGAGAUUUUGCAGGCCAUCUUUAGAGAAGCUUGCGACAUCGCCAUCUUCCCUUAUCAGCCUACGUACAGCGAUCUGGUGACAACAUCCGGAACUCCCCUUCGCCUCUCCUCCGUCUGCAACCAUUGGCGUAGUGUAUGUCUAUCAACCUCCGAGCUGUGGACAUUCCACUUCGUAAAUAUGAACCUUCGCCAUCUCCCAGACUCACUCAGGAAACUCCUUUCUUGCUACAGUAACCGGUCCAAUUCGAGACUCUAUACCCUCAGUUCUUCCGCCAUUACAAUCACUGACACGAGGUAUCGUGAGGUCGAAGGCGGCUUUCGUGAGCCUCGUGCUGCUCUUCCCGAACUCCUCGAUCCUUUCGGCACGCCUCUCAGUUUGACUCGAUGCCAUAGAAUCAUUUUGAAUGCCGGCGCUUGUUUCGUCCCUCCGAUCCUUCCAUCAAGCUUACCAGCCUUGGAAUCUGUCUAUAUCAGUGACUACCUCGAGGUGACCGAUGAUGGUCUUGAGGUUUCACGAAUCUUUAAAAAUGCACCGAACCUUCGAGAGCUUCGUUUAGCAUCGGUGGAUAUCGGGAUGUUAGACCUCCCAUUCCAUCAAAUUCGUACCCUUUGGCUGCAGUCUGGCUUCUACCAUUGCUGGAAUGCAACAUCUUUACUAAAACAGUUCACGAACCUGCAGCACCUGACAUUCUUCGAUGAUGGGAUUGAUGUUGAUCCGUCUGUAGUCAGCGCACCUAUCAACAUUCAGAGUCUUUGUUUGUUUUGGGCGUAUAAUAUUCCUGGCAUCUUUACGAGAUUCGCGUUCCCUUGUCUUACCACUCUCGAAGUCGUCGAUUAUGGACGGCGGCUUCCGGAGUACUUGGUAUAUCGAGUCAAUAUUGAGAGCCAGUAUAUACUUUAUAACAUCGAUGUCACUUCCAUGAUUCCCUCCCUCUCAGGAUUGCGUGAGCUUGUCCUCCGCAAUGUCGUGAUCCUAUGCGCCGAUGUUGUCCGUAUCCUCGACGCGACCCAGGUCCUUGCAUCACUCUCGAUUGUGGAGCGCCAUGAACCACAGCUCGUCACGAUCACUGAACGACUUCUCACAAAGUUGAGCGACACGGAAAGGUCUCUAAUCAGGUUAGAACAUGUUGAGUUGGUUUGGGCGGCGGAGAAUCCGGUCGAUGAAGGAGCGGUUAUGAGAGUUAUGGACAGCCGGGUUGGAAUCCUGAAGUCUGCCGUUGUUAGAGUCAGAGGUGGCGGUGGACUCGGGAAGAGAACAUUGGGGCGGAUGCAGUCACUGAGGAAACGAGGCUUAAGUAUUAGUCUAUUCUAACCUUUGCAAGGCUAGAUCAAUUGAAGGACCUCUUUAAUACAUUAUCCUCGAAUUAAGAGAUGCGGUGUACUGAAUGAUUGAAUGAAUCUUACU